CAAAAACCUAGAAAACGAAAAGAAGAUAAUCAAAUCUCAAUCAAUAUCAAUCCCACAGAGAUCGGAGCUCGAGGAAAUCUCCAUUAAUGGCCGCUUCUUAUGAUCAUAUGAGCUUUGAAUUUUGUUUUCAAUACUCAAGCCAUUCGCCGACCACCUCUGAAAUGACGGUUUAUAAAUUUGAUGUGGUGUCAUACUAUACUGUACCAUUUUUGUCGUAAAGCAAAAAGCGAGAAUAAUUCCUUUAUGGCGUAGGGUUUAUGCAAUUUUUCGUAUAAUUUAUUCCUAGAUUGAGUUUCACGCUUGUAAAGCUCUCAUUCCUACUCAGAUUUUGGUGUUUAUCUUCUGAUUGAAGCAAAUCUGCACACAUACUUUUGGUCUUUAUCUAUACUUGUAUUUUGAGUCGGUAUUAUCUGAAAACGGAUUGCUAUCCGGAAAUUAGAAAGUGAAGAUGCCAUUGACGUGGUAGUGAAGCAGUCACUGAACUUGAAGAAAAAAACAAAAAUGGAGGAGAUUGGGAGACCGAAAUCAUGGACGGAGGAGCUAGCGAGUCUCGUGGAGGACACCGGAAUACGAUACACCGGUGACGAUCACACUCUCAGUGGCCUCUCAACGCCGUCGUUUGAGUUGAAAUCCGCGAUGGAAGGGGAAAGAGUGGAAUCCGAAUCCGAGAGCCUUAAGGAUCAAAUGAAAGGGUUCGUGAAAGCUUGGGGAGAGAUAGCGAUUGAAUUAGGGAAAGGUUGUAAGGAUGUAGUUUUACAGAGUGUAUUAACCGAUGAUUCUUACAUAGUGAAGAAAACGAAAGGGCCGUGUAGAGUGGUUGCUGGAAAAUUGAGUGUUUUGAAUGAUUUUCUGCCGGAGGAUCGUCAUCCCGUUCAUGCUUGGCCGGUGAUUUUAUCCGUUUUCCUCGUCGCUCUCUCAGUUCUGAGUUUGAACAUUAAACACGAAAACACUCCGAUUCCACUAGUUCAAUCACAUCCUCCUAGCGCAAAUCGGAUACUACUUCCCGAUGGUAGAAACAUCUCAUAUCAUGAACAAGGAGUUCCUGCCGACAAAGCUAGACAUUCACUAAUCGCACCUCACGCCUUUCUCUCUUCUCGUCUUUCAGGAAUCCCAGGCAUCAAAUCGUCACUCCUAGAAGAAUUUGGUGUUCGAUUAGUAACUUAUGAUCUUCCUGGAUUUGGGGAAAGCGAUCCACACCCAAAUCGGACUCUUCACUCAUCAGCCAUGGAUCUUUUACACUUAACAGAAGCUCUUGAAAUCAACAAAUUCUGGGUGUUUGGUUAUUCCAGUGGCGCUAUCCACACUUGGGCAGCUCUAAAGCACAUACCUUCUAAAAUUGCAGGGGCAGCUCUGUUUGCACCAAUGGUUAAUCCAUAUGACCCUAGUAUGACAAAAGAAGAAAGAUCAAGAAUUUGGGAGAAAUGGACACGAAGAAGGAAACUUAUGUUCUUUUUAGCUCGAAGAUUUCCAAGAUUUCUUAAAUUCUUUUACAGAAGAACUUUUCUAUCUGGGAAACAUGGCCCGAUUGAUAAAUGGUUGUCUUUAUCUCUUUCAGACAAGGAUCAAGAUUUGACCAAAGAUCCGGGUUUUGAAGAGUUUUGGAGAAGGGAUGUGGAGGAGUCGAUUAGGCUAAAAAAUGUGAAACCUUUUAUGGAAGAAGCUGUUUUACAGGUGUCGAAUUGGGGGUUUAAUUUGAGGGAUUUACAAGUUGAAAAGAAAUGCAAGGAGAGAGGAUUGUUUGAUUGGUUUAAAAACCAGUUUAUGUUUUUGUCUAGUGAAGUGGAAUGUGAAUUGGUGGGAUUUCUUGAUCCGAUUCAUAUAUGGCAGGGAAUGGAAGAUUUGGUGGUGCCAAGUGUGAUGAGUGAGUAUGUGACACGUGUCAUACCAAGUGCUAUUGUGCAUAAAGUAGCAAAUGAAGGACAUUUUUCCUACUUUUACUUGUGUGAUGAAUGUCAUAGAAUGAUACUUUCGACUCUUUUUGGAGAAGUCUAUGAUCAUCAAGAUCCUUUAGAAAGGAGUGUAGAAGAAGAAUUAACAUUUUGAUUACAAAGUAUAGUUUAAGAAAGGUAGAGAGCAUUACAUUAGUUGUUUCUAAUAGUUUAAGAGAGGUUUAUGUUUUGCAAGAAAAACGUGUUUGUGUUCUUGUUCAUGUGUUGAC